UUUAGUUAGUUUAGUUUGCAGUUUAGUAGCACUAGAGCACUACCUCUUCGUUGAUUAACAAAUUAAUUAAUUAUCCUUAAUCUAGAAUGAACCCAUUAAUUUUAUUUGUUUAGUUUCAAUUUAUAGGGAUCGGAGUUUCUGUUUCUUCUCGUUAGUUUCAGUAACUGCGUCGGUUUUUCUGUUUCUGAUCAAGAAACUUCAUUCAUCAUGUCCAAACGACCGUUGUUACCUGGAGGAGAAUCCAGUAACGCAAAAAAGAUACAUUCAUUGCCAUUUGGAGGCAGAUUUGAUGCUAUAAAAUACGGAGAUACUUAUCAAAAAGCUGCUGCUCUUGUGGAUCUGGCUGAAGAUGGAAUUGGUUUACCUGAGCAAAUUCUUGAUUCUGAAGGUUAUGAAAAAGCAGCGAAAAUAUAUUUCGUUUUUAUUUGGUUUAAUAUCCUAUGGUCCCUUAAUCUAUUCGCCUUGUUAGCACUCAAUUUUCUCGAGAAGCCUUUAUGGUGUGGACGCUAUUCUACACACACUUGUGAGGACAGAGAGUACUUUUUCCUUGGCCAGUUGCCGUAUCUAACUGUUGCUGAGUCUAUCACCUAUGAGGGCAUAACUCUCGUGGUACUCAUUGUGCACAGUUUGUUCCCGUUAGUGUACGAGGGACAGAAUAUUUAUUGGAGGAACCCUGUGAACAAGUUGAAGGUUGUUUUCCUGUUAUUUUUAGCUGCUGAUUUAAUGGUUUAUAUUCUCUUUCUGUCGCCGCUCCCUGUUAAUAAUCUACCUUUGAGGAUUGCUCCGUAUAUUCGUGUCUUCUUUGUUAUUUUGAACAGUAGGGACUUACGAGCAUGUGUCGUCACCUUGUGGGGAAUGUUGGGCACAUACCUCAACGUCAUGGCUCUUUCGUUCGUGUUUCUUCUGUUCGCCAGUUGGUUAGCUUAUGUCAUAUUUGAAGAUACACAACAAGGAAAGACUACGUUUUAUUCAUUCGGUAUUACGCUGUAUCAAAUGUUUGUUCUGUUUACCACAUCAAACAACCCGGAUGUUUGGAUACCUGCAUACAAGGAAUCUCGGUGGUAUUCUUUGUUUUUCGUUCUCUAUGUCUUACUGGGAGUUUACUUCGUCACGAACCUGAUUCUUGCUGUUGUAUACGAUAGCUUCAAAGCACAGCUCGCGAAACAAGUUGCCGAGAGAGAUAGCACGAGGAAAAGGGUAUUGAAGAAAGCCUUCACUCUUAUGGAUAAAGAUAAGGACAACGCUCUUCACGAAGAACAAUGCUAUCAUCUGUUCAAGGAACUUAACAAAUAUAGAUCUUUGCCGAAAAUCUCUGAGGAAGAAUUCGGGCUCAUUUUUCAUGAAUUAGAUGAUGGUACUCGUAACUUUAAGAUUGAACUGGAAGAAUUUUACGACCUCACUAAUGCGAUUGCAAUAAGAUUCAAAAAGGAGGAAAUUCCAUCUUGGUUUGAUUACUAUCCAAGCUUCUACGAUUCUUAUGUCUGCAAAAAAUUGAAAUGUUUCGUGAAGAGCCCCACAUUUGGAUAUAUAAUAGUCUUCUUUUUGGUGUUGAAUCUGAUUGCUGUAGUUACUGAAACCACGCUUGAUUUACAAAACAGUGGAGCUCAGAAAGUUUGGCAGCAGCUUGAGUUCAUAUUCGGAUGGGUUUAUGUCCUGGAAAUGGCUUUAAAAGUAUUUUCAUAUGGUUUUGAGAAUUACUGGACGGAAGGACAAAAUCGUUUUGAUUUUGUUGUUACGUGGAUAAUUGUUAUUGGUGAAACAGCAACCUUUGCCUUCCCUGGCGUUGGUUUCCUUUCUAAUGGUGAAUGGAUUCGGUACCUUCUGAUUGCAAGAAUGUUGCGGUUAAUAAGGCUUCUAACACACGUCGAACGUUACAGAGCUUUCAUUUCAACAUUCUUAACCCUUAUUCCUACUUUGAUGCCCUAUCUCGGAACGAUCUUUUGCAUCCUUUGCAUGUACUGCACCCUCGGUUUACAGCUCUUCGGCGGGAUCGUUAACUCCGGAAAUCCGAAGUUGGAAACAUCAGAACUUUACAGUAAUGACUAUCUUCUGUUCAAUUUCAAUGAUUACCCUAGCGGAAUGGUGACACUUUUCAACUUGCUCGUCAUGGGAAACUGGCAAGUGUGGAUGCAGGGAUACAAGGAAUUGACAGGAACAUCUUGGUCACUUUUAUACUUCAUCAGCUUUUACCUAGUAACCGUCUUGCUUCUUUUGAAUUUGGUCGUUGCAUUCGUCUUGGAGGCCUUCUUUGCCGAAGGAGAUAUGGAGAAGUCAGCUGUCUCUGAAGGAGAAGACCAGGAACCAGGCGGAGGAAGACGAGCUAUUGGUUCAAAAACAAGGAGUCAAAGAGUGGAUGCUCUUCUCCAUAGCAUUUUAAGCGCAGAGAUUGAAUCCGAAAACAAGAUUGCAGAAGCCAAAGAGAUGGCUGAAGCUGAAGCUCAAGGAUCCAUAGCGGGAGCUCAAGCAUCCAUAACUAUAACGGAAGCAUCCAUCCCUUAAGUUUAUUAUUGGCUUUGUAUUCAAACAACUGAAUCGUUAUGAAUUAAUUACUAUUAAAUGUGGUACAACUGGGAAAGUGAAAACUGUAAAUUUUGAAAAUCUAUUAUUGAAUAGAGAGUAAACAAACA